GACGUGAGCCCUUAAGCCCCGAUACCAUAGCUGCGGUAUAAAAGCCCGUGGACACCCAUUAUCAGACCAGUACGGAAUAGAAAGCAGACACGCUAACAUUGUAAGGAACUACAGACAGCCCCAACUACCAAAAUGAGGGAAAUCGUACAUAUGCAGGCUGGCCAGUGCGGCAACCAGAUCGGAGCUAAGUUCUGGGAAGUCAUUUCUGAUGAACACGGAAUUGACCCCACCGGCACAUACCACGGAGAUUCCGACCUUCAGUUGGAGAGGAUCAACGUGUACUACAAUGAGGCCACAGGAGGCAAAUAUGUUCCCCGAGCUGUCUUGGUGGAUUUGGAGCCCGGAACCAUGGACUCUGUCAGAUCUGGUCCUUUCGGACAAAUCUUCAGACCAGACAACUUUGUGUUCGGACAGAGUGGUGCUGGAAACAACUGGGCUAAGGGACAUUACACAGAAGGCGCUGAGCUCGUAGACUCUGUUCUUGAUGUUGUCCGCAAGGAAUCAGAAAGCUGUGACUGUCUUCAGGGAUUCCAGCUUACACAUUCUCUUGGUGGUGGUACCGGAUCCGGAAUGGGAACUCUCCUCAUCUCCAAAAUCCGUGAAGAAUACCCCGACAGGAUCAUGAACACAUUCUCCGUUGUACCAUCACCAAAGGUAUCUGACACCGUGGUCGAACCAUACAACGCCACCCUCUCCGUCCACCAGCUUGUUGAGAACACAGAUGAGACCUACUGUAUCGACAACGAGGCUCUCUACGACAUCUGCUUCCGUACCCUUAAACUGACCACACCCACAUACGGUGACUUGAACCAUCUCGUCUCCGCCACCAUGUCCGGAGUCACCACCUGUCUUCGAUUCCCCGGUCAACUGAACGCCGAUCUCCGUAAAUUGGCUGUCAACAUGGUUCCCUUCCCCCGUCUCCAUUUCUUCAUGCCUGGUUUCGCUCCUCUUACAUCUCGUGGUAGCCAGCAGUACAGGGCUCUUACCGUCCCAGAGCUGACCCAACAGAUGUUCGACGCCAAGAACAUGAUGGCUGCCUGUGAUCCUCGUCACGGACGUUAUCUGACCGUCGCCACUAUGUUCCGUGGACGUAUGUCCAUGAAGGAGGUCGAUGAGCAGCUCCUCAACGUUCAGAACAAGAACAGCAGCUACUUCGUUGAAUGGAUCCCCAACAACGUCAAGACCGCCGUCUGUGAUAUCCCACCACGUGGUCUUAAGAUGUCUGCUACCUUCGUUGGUAACAGCACCGCCAUCCAGGAGCUCUUCAAGCGUAUCUCCGAGCAGUUCACUGCUAUGUUCCGUCGUAAGGCUUUCUUGCAUUGGUACACUGGUGAGGGUAUGGACGAGAUGGAGUUCACAGAAGCCGAAUCCAACAUGAACGACUUGGUUUCUGAGUACCAACAGUACCAGGAUGCCACAGCCGAGGAGGAGGGAGAGUUCGAGGAGGAAGAAGGAGAGGAAGAGGCUUAAAUCCUCUAAAUCCCGAAAUCUUUUAGAACUUUUGACUUCUAGUCACAGGAAAUCAAGUCCAUCUGAUUUCAAAGCUUGAUUUUAACAUCUAGAAGAAACUCGCCAGACUUUUAUUAUCUUGUACAAAUAUCUCUUGGUGUAAGGAAUGAUUUUGAAAUGAUGGUGAUUUGAUUAUCAAGCCAUGAAUAAAAAAUGUGCAAACAUA